AUGCCUUCGGCUCGACCCUCUUUUCUCAACUGUGUUGAACAUCUCAGCCUUGCAACGCUUGAGCAGCAGCAGCCCAAACGCCAUUUGCCAAAAAGCAACAUGUCGAAAGAGGCACUUUACGAGCGGGUGCCUUCGUCGCGCCUCAAGGUCUUCUCCACGCCCAUCAAGUCGGAGGGAGAUGACCACAGCCACGAAGCCGAGGAGAGCAACAGCAUCGACGACGGUCGCUAUGCGCCCGACCACAGACGACAUCCCGAUAACUACCCCCGACUGCAACGGCACGAGGAGCCAACGCUGCUCGAGAUUUUCUACGACUUGUUCUUUGCUGCGACCUACAACGCCUACUGCGACGUCAAGGAGGUAACCAACCACGCAAGCUUCAAGGCGUCGAUUGGCUUUUUUUGCUUGCUGUGGCUGACAUGGUUCAACGUAACGCUGUUUGACGUUCGCUACGCAACCGACUCCAUCUUUUCACGCCUCAACACAGCCAUUCAGCUCGGUGUCCUCAUCGGCUUUGUCGUCGUUGCCCCAAAGUUCGACGUGGAAACGCAAGAUGCGCCCACCAUGCGCGCCAUGUCCAUCAUCCUGGCCAUCUCCCGAUUCAACCUCAUGGGCCAGUACGCCUGGAUGGCUUUCCACGUCCGCCGCUACCGCACCACACGCUUGCCGCUGCUUGCGCAAAUGGCCGUCUACAUCGCCGCCGGUGCCGUCUACCUCGGCGUCGCUUUCCGCUUCGAGGAGAAUCGCCGCAGCCACGCCUUUGUCACCUGGUACUGCAUCUCGGCCGCCGAGGGCGUCCUCAGCCUGGCGCUGUCCAACUACUCACCCAUCCUCAGCCUCGGCAAGACCCAUCUCAUGAAGCGCCUGGGCCUGCUGACGGUCAUGAUUCUUGGCGAGGGCAUCGAGUCCAUUGCCAACAAGGUGCUGAUCAUUGUCAAGCACAAGCAUGCCUGGGACACCACCACCAUUGGCCUUGUGACGGCCGCCGCCGCCACGGUGUACUUUGUGUUUCUUGUCUAUUUUGACUGGCUCGGCGCAAAGACUCACCUUCCACACCUUCGCCGCAACUUCUGGGUCGCCCUGCAUUUCCCGUUCCAUCUCGCGCUGGUCCUCUUCAUGCAAGGGUUCACGCAGAUGCUCAUCUGGGGCAAGAUUGCUCGGCAGCUGCAGCGUGCUCUCGACUUUGCCGACCCGACCAACGAUAUGGACGUUCUUAACGGCCACGCCACCACCCUGUCCGUCAUCGGGAGCGUAAAUGCCUCGGUGCAGGGCUUCCUCGAGGACUAUCCGUCAAAGCUGGAAAGCACGACUAUAGUCAUCAAUGCGGCGCUCAGAAACAUUUCGUCGCUUCCAGACAGCUUCUGGCCACUGGUCGCACAACUGUCCAGCGAUGAUAGUGCAAACAGCUUUGCAAACUUCACCGACACUGAGACCAGCAACUUUGAAACACUUUUCUACUCGGUCUACAGUCUUUCUGCUUCCAUGGCCAACAACGUUUUCCGUGCAUUCAACACCGAAGUGUCUGGCGAAAUUGAGUCCAAGUUCAAGGCUCUGGAGGGGACGGAUCGCCAGGGUUUUCAGUUUAAGCUGCAAGAGAAAAACUGGAGCCGCUAUGGCCUUGUGUUUGCCUAUACGUACAUUAGUGCUGCGUGCACCAUCUUUUUCGUCCUCAUUCUUAAGCAGCUGACCGACGGCUACAUCCCGAAAGGCUGGGGUAUAAUUCGUCAAAUUAUUAUCUUCGCCUUGGCUCUCGGCACUGGCCUGGCGACGAUCGUGUGGUUUUACAGCGACAGUAUAUUCAGCUGGUUACAAACACCGUGGGUGAUGCCUACGUUGUGCUUUGUCUGGAUGGCUAUUGUCGUUCUGACGCACGUGAAGAUUGGCGGUGUGAAGCUCAACUCGGGACACUUCAAGUGGCGCUCGCAGCGUAAUUUAGUCUAG